AUGUCCAAGUUAGAUGAUAGCAUGCGUAUGCAUAUAAGCGAUAUCUCUGACCUAGAAAAAGAGGUUCUCUCUCGUCAAUUGCAGCAUUCGCCCUUCCGCCGAUCUCAUCAAGCAAGAGAUCGUCAUAUCACAACACUAGACAUCUUUGAUUUCGACUCGACACUAUUCUUGUCUCCUCUGUUAAGCCCCAACAUAUGGCACAGUUCGUUUAUAAACGCAAUCACUACCGAGAAUCUGCUGGGUCCUGGGUGGUGGCGUGAUAUCCGCAGCCUUCAAUUGCAUCUAGAUAGAGACGAAUCAAGCACGCCAUGGUGUAGUUUUUGGAACGAAGAUAUAGUAACACAAGUGAGAGCAUCCAUGGCUGAUCCCUCUCAUUUGACAGUACUCUUGACCGGUCGUCGAUACCAUCCAUUUCAUGCUCUUAUGGACAACAUGUUAGCCUCCAAAGGGCUUGCCUUUGAUAUUGUAGGUCUUCGCCCUGAUCCCGAGUCUGACGCGCCUGAUCAUCCAACUGGCCUCAGGUUCAAUCAUGAACCCAACGUGUUUGAAACAACUAUGCAUUUCAAGACCUCCUUUAUUGUCAAUAUUCUACACAACUAUCCUUCGCUCACUGAUAUUGUCAUGUGGGAUGACCGACGAUCACAUAUCCGUAUCUUCAAGGAGUAUCUCAAUAAGUUGAAGGAGCUAGGAUUCGUUAAACGUGGUGAGAUGAUGUCUGUGGUGCCAGCAAGACCUAAAUACAAUCCAGAAUGGGAACACAAGACAGUGAAAUCAAUGCUUGAGACCCACAAUGAUGCGGUAUUGGCACUACAUCGUGCUGGCAAGCCAUUCACGGAGCCCAGCGUCGUGAUUGAAAACCAUGGGCAAAUGAUCAGCUCAGCAAACACAUAUUCCCUCAAAAAGAUAGACUGGCUCAUUGUCCUCAACCUACCACCAUCUGUUACUACUUGUUUACGAUCUGUGUUUGAACCAUUGUACCAUCAAGAUGUGCUGUCUUCAGCAGCUGGAUCCCUAUCUGGAGCGCCGACAUGGCAAAGCGCCAAUGCCGAAGAACCAGUCUUUUUUGGUGAUCAGGUAUUGCUUGCAGUGAACACAAAAGAGAUCGCAACUCGGUUGGAGCAAGAGCACGGUAUCGUAGUAGGCAGAGAGCUCAACUUCAAAGUGGUAGCGAGAUCUGUUGGUACAAGAGAUCAUGGUAUGUAUUUGCAAGUACAAAUUAAAGAUGCUCGCUUUACAUUGCCUCUCUGGUACAAGCCAUCCAGUUUCAAUUAUUUGCUAGUCCAGAAUGUAGACUGGAUACCCUUAUUAGACAGUGUUCAACUGGACGAACCCUCACUAAAAGGUGUUGUGGAUUACCAUCACUUAUUGACAGUAGAAAGACUAGAAGAUCUGUGUCCAAAUUAA